CUGCAGCUCUGAAUAAAUGAGUGCUAGAUGAGUGCUGGAUAUUGCUGGAUAUUGCUGGAAAAGAUCAUUCUGUGUAGCGUUAAUGGAGAACAACAUGUAUCUCGCCUUAAAUUUAUUCAUUAUCGUAAUUAAUUUUUCAUUAAUUGUUGCACAAAACGCUACAACACAACGGCAACCUCCACUUACACCUACGCUGGACCCGAAUAGACAUUUCAAGAAGCCAGACAAGAACGUGGUCGGUGAAACGUUCGCCAAGGACUUGACAGAUUGGUUGUUUACCGGAUGUUGGGGUGGAAAUAACAAUCAACGAAAUAAAUGCUCACCGUAUCGCACAGCAUCGAAUAUCGAAUAUCCUGGUUACGAUGGAUGGUACAACAACGUUGGUAGACCGGAACUAGGUGCGGUCGAUACUCCGUUGUUAAGAAGACUGCCAGCAGCUUAUGAAGAUGGAGUGUAUAAACCUUCAGGCUCUAAAAGACCGGAACCAUUAGAGAUAAGUGAGAAGCUGUUGAGCGGAAAAAUUGGAUCUAAAUCAAGAACGGGGAGAAACGCUCUACUUGUAUUUUUCGGCCAACAGGUGGUGGAGGAAAUUUUAGAUGCUCAGAGACCAGCUUGCCCGCCCGAGUAUAUUAACAUAAAAAUUCCGAAAAACCAUCGAUACAGAAUAAAUAAACCGGGGCACACGGAAAUGCCUGUUUUACGUACACGGUACGAUCAUCGGACGGGCCAUUCGCCGAACAAUCCUCGUCAACAGCUGAACGAGAUCACGCCAUUCUUAGACGGUGGAUUGAUCUACGGUACAUCCAAAGCGUGGUCCGACGUUUUAAGAACGAGCACUGGGGGAAUAUUGCAGGAGGACGGGCAACUUGCGUCGUCGGAUUUUCCUCUGUAUCCGGACUACAACACCGUUAGAUUACCGAUGGCCAAUCCACCGCCGCCUAUUCAUCAUCAUCAAUAUGUCUCGCGACAUUACACCGAGAGCGUCACCAGAUAUUUCAAAUUAGGAAAUCCUCGAGGGAACGAAAAUCCGUUCUUGCUCACUUUCGGUAUAAUAUGGUUCAGAUGGCACAAUUUCGUGGCAUCUCACAUUAAACGCCUCAAUCCAAAAUGGUCGAGCGACAAAGUUUACAACGAGGCCCGUAAGUGGGUGAUAGCGGUUCAGCAACACAUUGUCGUCAACGAAUGGUUACCUUCGUGGCUGGACGAUAGACUUCCUGCGUAUGAAGGUUACAAUCCCAAUAUUGAUCCGCAGAUAGAUCAAUUUUUCCAAUCGGCUGCUUUCCGCUUCGGGCAUACCUUGGUUCCACCAGGUGUGUACUUACGCAACUAUGGGAGAAAUAAUUGUUCCUUGGAAUCACACCCAAUUAGAACAUGCAACAAUUACUGGAUGUCACAGAAUUCUCUCCAUGCCAAUUUAACAAGAAUAAAGGAUGUUAUCGAUGUGGAGAAAUUACUAAUGGGAAUGGCUAUUCAAUUAUGCGAAGAGGAGGAUCAUAAAAUCGUUGAAGAUCUACGGGGCAGUUUGUUCGGUCCAUUAGAAUUUUCCAGAAGAGAUUUAAUGGCACUUAAUAUUCAGAGAGGACGUGACCAUGGAGUACCUGAUUACAAUAGUGCCCGUCGUGCCUACGGUCUGGCGGAAGUUAAAAACGUAUCCCAUUUUAAUCGCGUGAAUGUCACGAUACGGGAGGAGUUUCUCAGAUUGUACAACAAUUCGUUCGAUGACGUGGAUGUCUGGGUAGGCGGAAUACUAGAGACUGGUGAUGGACCCGGAGAGUUGUUUCAAAGAAUCAUUCGUGAUCAGUUUCAGCGAAUACGCGACGGUGACAGGUUUUGGUACAAUAAUACCGCAAAUAGACUUUUCACCGACAAGGAAGUUGAAAGACUGGAACAAUUAUCGUUUUACGAUGUGCUAAUGUGUACCACUAAGAUGGACUGGAAUGAUAUUCCAAAGAAUCCUUUCAGAGUUCCUACCACAGCGAAUGGCAUACAUCCCAGUUGUAUCAAUAAUAAAAUUGUGAAAGAAGGCAGAUGUACAAAUGGUCCCUGUUUUCACGCCGAUCAAAUAGACGAAUACACAAUUGAGACGUGCACAGAGCCUGGAACUUAUGAUUUUUUCUCCAACAGCGGCAUAUCCUUCAUCUUUACAUUCUUAGGUGUAUCAACGUUGUUUUUUGGUUUUAUUACAUUAAUCGGUUUUAAAAUACAAUUCAAAGAUAAGAAAUCAGCGAAAGAAAAUGUUAUGUAUAGAAAAGUAGACCAUAGUGAUAACAUAGGUAUUAUACAUACCGCUAGCGAAUGGCAGGAGCCAAGAGCUUCUCUGAGAUGCGUAAUAUUAGUGCCAAACGUAAGAAAGAACCAACUGGAGGUGAAAAAUCAAUUGGGGCACCUGAUACGCGCGGUGGAUUUUCCAUCCAAUAGCAGGGUCACGAUUUACUGUGCAUCUGACAGUCAUUAUACGUUGAUUCGUGUACAUCACAGUUACGACUUAGUGCUAAAGUUCGAUUCUGACUUUUUGAGAAGCGCAUUUAUAAAAGCAUUUGAAAAAUUUAUAUCAGAAAUCUCAACGUCCGGGGAUGCACGCUUAGUGCAAAUGAUAACUAAUACCACGCAUGCGGCACUACUUAAGCAAGCGAUAACCAAGAAGCACCGUCAAAAAAAAUUAGAAAUGUUUUUCCGUGUUGUAUUUGCGCAGGCAUUCCAUAUCGCGCAUACGGAAGAAGAAAUUUUAAAAAUAGAUUCGACAGUGGCACGAGAAGUAAUUUAUACCGAGUUGACCAUCAUAGAAUUUGCGGAAGCCCUGAGUAUGCGACCGGACGCCGAGUUCGUAAAGAAGAUAUUUCAUCUAGUGGACAAGGAUAGAAACGGCUUCAUAUCGUUUCGGGAAUUUGUCGAUAUGUUGGUGAUAUUUCUGAAGGGUUCUGCUGAGGAGAAGAUGAAGUUGAUGUUUGACAUGUACGACAUCAAUGGUACAGGAAGACUGAAGAGAGAAGAGUUCUCAAAUAUGUUAAGAUCAUUUAUGGAGACCGUCAACGCUGACGUCACGGACGAUGAGCUGGAAGCUUUGGUGCAAUCCAUGAUGUAUCACGCUGACUUGGCGAAUAAAGAGAGGAUAAAUCUACAAGACUUUCAGCAGAUACUAAGUGACUUUAAUGAUAAAUUUAAUUACGCGGAAUUGGAAUUCAACGUGCCUACGGACGGGAAAAGCAACAGGAAACUUCACGCGGGCGUGAAGACAGUUAGAUCGACGUUUAUUGGCGAGGUACAAAAGACGGUGGAGAGUCUGUAUGCCGAUCCAAGCGAAUUGCAAUCCAGAGUCGAGGGCAAAGUUGAAAGCGUUGAACGAGAUGCAAAGGAAGAGAAAAUUAAUAGCGAAAUUAUCGACAAGGACGAAAAAAUUGUCGAAGAAAUUAAGAGACACUCGGACGAUUAUUGGUAUCCUAUAAUGAAGUACCUUGCUAACAAACGACUGCAGAUAUUCUGGGCAUGUUUAUACACUUUGUUCCUGCUUGGGAUUUUCGCGGAACGAGUAUAUUAUUACUCCGUACAACGGGAACAUUCUGGUUUAAGACGGAUAUUAGGCUACGGCUUGACUAUAACGAGAGGUGCAGCGUCAGCUAUGAUGUUUACUUAUUCUACGUUAUUAAUUAUGAUGUGUCACAACACUAUCACUAUUCUGAGGACCACAACUCUGCAAUUCUACAUUCCCUUCGAUUCAGCGAUCGAAAUGCACAAGUAUAUCGCUUGUUGGGCACUGGUGUUUACCGCGUUACAUACAAUUGGACAUGGCUUCAACUUUUAUCACAUAUCUACGCAAACUGCCGAUGAUCUGACGUGUUUAUUUCGCAAUUAUUUCCACGCGACGCACGAACUUCCCAAGUUCCAUUACUGGUGUUGGGGUACAAUGACAGGUAUAACGGGAGUAUUUUUAACCAUUUUGACUGGAUUAAUAUUUGUGUGCUCGUUACCGAUGGUACGCAAAUCAUUCUAUAACUGGUUCUCUUUUGUACACUCCUUGUACCCAGCUUUCUAUAUACUGAUGGUUUUACACGGCAGUGGAAGAUUAGUACAGGAGCCAUACUUUCAUUAUUUCUUUCUGGGGCCAGCUAUUCUAUUUAUUCUCGAUAAAGUCGUAGCUGUAACUAGAACAACGACAGAAAUACCAAUACUCAAAGCAGAAAUUCUGCCAUCAGAUGUAACGUGUAUAACAUUUCUCAGACCUUUAAAUUUUCAAUAUAAAUCUGGUCAGUGGAUUAAAAUAGCAUGCCCAGCGUUACAGACAAAUGAGUAUCAUCCGUUUACUUUAUCUUCCGCGCCACACGAAACGAAUUUAAGUAUACACGUACGAGCGGUCGGACCAUGGACCACAAAUAUUAGGGAGAAACUAGAUCUAUGCGCAAUGUCUAAUGAAAACUUACCGAUGAUUCACAUAGAUGGCCCGUAUGGAGAAGGUCACCAAGAUUGGGACAAAUAUCAAGUGGCAAUCAUGGUCGGUGGUGGUAUAGGUGUCACGCCCUUUGCAUCGAUACUCAAAGAUAUCGUUUUUAAGUCGAAUUGCAAGUUAAACUUUGGUUGCAAGAAGGUAUAUUUCCUUUGGGUAACGAGAACGCAAAAACAAUUUGAAUGGAUGGUCGACAUAUUGAGAGAGCUCGAAAAAGUAGACGUCAAUAAAACAGUGUCUACUCAUAUUUUUGUUACUCAGUUCUAUCAAAAAUUCGACCUACGUACGAUACUUUUGUAUAUUUGUGAACGUCAUUUUCAAAAGAUUUCAAAUAAGUCUCUGUUUACGGGCUUAAAGGCUGUGACGCAUUUUGGACGACCCAAGUUUUCUCAAUUUUUCCUAUCUAUACAGAAGUUACAUCCUACUGCAAAUAAGAUUGGUGUUUUCAGUUGCGGAACACCAGCUAUGACACAAGCAGUAGACGCAGCUUGUAAAGCGAUUAAUCUAACAGAAAUUAACGAUACGUUAUUUCAGCAUCAUUAUAAAAGCUUCUAAUGCCCAUUUCUACCAAUGUAGAUUAACUUUAAUCUUGGUUUAACUUACUUUCUAUCUUUUUCUAACUUUUAGAGAACUAGGAAAAGAUGACAGGUAAGUUAAACCAAGAUUAAAAUUAACCUGCGUUGAUAGAAAUGGACAUAAGUUAUUUAGUAUAAUAUUUUGUAUCCGACAGAGACUCAAAUGUGUAUUUUUCAUAUUAAUUAUAAUUUUUAUAUAUCUUUAUUUUUCUCAACUGGUAUUUCUCUAAUGAAUUACAUUCAUAAAAUAUUUUUGAUUAUGAUACAUAAACUCCAUGUAUUUGCAUUAAUGUUAAAAUAUCACAAGAUAAGUGAGUAUUUUCUACACUAACCACGUGAAUAAUGUGUGUUCGCGCGCGCGUGUGUCGCAUCAUUCAUUAAUAUCAAUAAAAUUGUGUAAUAAUAAGAA